GCGUCGACAGCAUCGUGGACCACACAGAUUUUUCUCAGACACCUUCACACACGGAUAAAAAUGAACGUUUCUGAGGCCUAUUUAAAAAUAAAAGAGAUUCGUAUAAUGUGCGACAAUUUUCCAAAAGAUGUCUGUGAAAAUAAUGAUUUUUAUAUACGAAUACUGGAGUUAGUCGGACUAAUAUUGUCUUGUGCUUCGUGUUUGGCAGCUCUACUUAUUUAUUUUAAUUACAGGUGUUUGAGGAAUUACAGAACAAAAAUACACGUACAUUUAUUUAUAGCAAGUUUUAUGCAUAUUGUUUUCCGUUUAAUUAAGUACUACAUCCCUCACAAUACCAACUCGAUAGUUAGAAAUUUUUUAAAUGCAGCUUUGGAAUACAGUAGAACAACAUCGAUAACUUGGGUGUUUAUUGAAGGACUGUACCUAAAUAAUUUAGUGGCAAUAAGCUUUCACAAACCAUGGAAAUAUAUGACUUGUUAUUAUGUAGCAGGUUGGUGCUUGCCUGCUGUACAAAUUAUCAUUUGGUUGUGGUCCAUGCUAGCCAAUAAUUUAAAUGACUUUGAUUGGAUUUUUUACUCAUUUUUGAACGAUUACAUGUACUAUUUGGAAGGUCCACGAAUUAUUUUAAUUAUAGUCAACUUUUGUUUCUUGUUAAAUGUUGUCAGGAUCAUAAUUAAAAAAUUAAGGGACGAACAAACGACUGAAAUACAACAAGUAAGGAAAGCAGUGAAAGCUGCCUUAUGCCUUUGCCCUCUGUUGGGAAUCCAAAGUUUGUUCCAUUGGAUACCUUACAUCUACGACCAACCAUGGAAAUAUGAAGUCAGGAUGUAUACAGUUUAUUUUUUUGACAGAUUCCAAAUAUUCUUCGUUGCGUUGAUUUAUUGCUUUUUAAAUAAAGAAGUUCAGAAUGUGGUUGGAAAAAGUUUUCGUUUGAAAAUGAAUGGGGGACCUCGUUUCUCAAAUGUUUCUAGCACUGGAAGGUCCAAAAUGCGCCUUUUAGUAGCAAUGGUACAUUUUAAAAAUAAUAAACUGAUAGAGAUUGCUCGGGGGUCAAAAAUAUCGGGAAUAACGUCGGAAGACACAAAUGAAAGUAUUGAUAUAGAAUAAUCAAGCAUUAUUAUUAUUGUUACUGUAACACCAUAAACAAAAUAUAAAUUGUAUACAACAAA